AUGGAGGAAUUGCCGGCUGUAACAGGGUCGACUGUGUCUUCAUCUUCGUUAUCAAUAUUAGCGAAUUAUCCUCUCAUUUCUGCUUUCUUAGCUUUCGCUAUCGCCCAAUGCAUCAAGGUCUUCACCACCUGGUACAAGGAGAAACGAUGGGAUCUGAAGCGACUUGUUGGAUCUGGUGGGAUGCCAUCAUCCCAUUCUGCAACUGUCACUGCUCUUGCAUUGGCCAUUGGUUUGCAAGAGGGCUUUGGAGGAUCACUGUUUGCAGCUGCACUUAUCUUAGCAUGUGUUGUGAUGUAUGAUGCAACUGGUGUGAGGUUACACGCUGGACGCCAGGCAGAGGUUUUGAAUCAAAUUGUAUACGAACUUCCCGCUGAACAUCCUCUGGCUGAGAUCAGACCACUACGUGAACUUCUUGGCCACACCCCUCCUCAGGUUGUUGCAGGUGGGUUGCUCGGAAUUACCACGGCAAUAAUUGUACAUUUAGUCGCGGGCUUUCGUAUUAAAGCUUGAUCCUCCGGCAGAUUACAUUUCACAGCAUCUGUGAUCAUUGAUAGGAUCCCUCUGUGGUUGAGGAAUGCAACUGGCAGACCUGUCUUUUAACAUUGAAUACAAUAUUGUUGUCUGUAACGCAAUUAGUGGAUGCCUGUAUUAGGUUACCAUCUUUUCAUUUGAACUAUUACAUUGAAGGUGCAUUUAUUGAUAUUAGCGCUUGAAGCAAAGAAAUGAUACAUCUAGACAUGUAAGGGGCAAAACAUUUCUAGCAUGACUUUGUUACCUAGAACUGGC